AGGUGGGUUGUUUGAAAUACGUGUUAUAAUGUUUUAUCAUGAAAGUGUAGGACCAAAAUUACGGUGCAAGCGCCGUUGAAUAGAUAUGUUUCCAUUUGGCAGUGUGCCUCCACUCGUCGGGGUGCCCGGCCAACUGCUGCCACCCGUGCCCGCCCACGCGCAGCCCCUGCCGGUGGUGUCGCUGCCGCUGCUGGCACAGCAGUACCGGCUGGCGGCACAGCCGCCCCUGCAGCUGGUGCAGCCGCCCCUCGCCCGGCAGCUGGUGAUCCACCCGCAGCUACCGCGGGCCCCGCCGCCGCCACCACUGCUGCUCCGCUCGCCUCUCCGGCACACUGUGGUGAAUCCGCCAGUUAAAGCUAACGUUUUAGGAGCCCCGUGUGUCGCGAAGUCGCCAAACGCCGUAAAAGCUCCGGCGACUCCCCCAGCUGUGAAGGUGCCACCCGCAGUAAAGGAGUCGGACGGCGCUUCGGAGGCAAAUGGGAGUGCAGCGGUUACCCUCGACUCUACUCGUCAGAAGUCGGAGGACAGGUGCGAAGCUGUCGUGAGACGAGAGACGAGUUUUAAAAAAGACACGAAUGGCACUGCGCCAGAAGAAAUAAAACGACAGGUUGAAAAGAGCGAGAAACCCUGUGCGGAAGGGGAGGAGGUCUUACCGAGAAACGUGUCUGACACACCGUGCAGUGACGUGGGAAAUACAAAGGUGAGAAAGAUGAAGCACGUGAUGAUUCUGGACGAAGACAGGAACUUCUGUGCGGAGCUCCCCUUGGAGAAGGACAACACGCUGGCCCCGAAGCUGCUACAGAGGCACUUUCCCGGGGUGUGUGGGCUGACGUACCGCUCUUCGGACUGUCCUCACCGGCAGUGGAUCGUCCUCGAGAGUGGGAAGCUGCGAGCGCCGAAAGGGGGCUGGGAACACGACGUCUACUACUGUGUGUUUUCCAAGCAGAGUGGUGGAAAGUGGCUGCACACCUUUUGUCACUGUUCGUUUUCUAAACCGAGUAAGAACAAGCUAACAAAAUCUCCGAUAAAGUCCUCUUCUAAUAAGAACAACCAGGUCAAAACUCGUCCACACGAGGUGUCUAGCAAGAAAUUGCAGAGUGAGGAACCUGACGUCUACAUAGUGGAAGAAGACGAGGAAUGUGAGAGGCAGAGGUGCUCGGAGAUCGUCGUGUGUAGUUUGCCGCAGUGGGUCACGGACGAGCGACUACGGGAACACUUCGACAGGUUCGGCAAGGUACUCACGUGUGUCGUACAGAAGGACUUGGUCGGUGGCCGUUACGGACUGGUCAAGUUCCGGGACGUUUCUUCACAGGAGAAGGCUCUGGCCGAAGUGUUCCACAGGUUCGGGGACACGUGGUGUUCCGUACGUUUGCGCAGCUGAUGGUGAACUGGUUGCUACCUGUACGUGUUGUACUGUGUGAACUGUACAGUGUGGACAUUUGUUACUCAGGUUUUCUGAUGUAGAAGUGAUGAAAAUGUUACCUUACAGUGGUGCAUAUACAACUAGUAAUGUCUCCUUUUUCUAUUAAAAUGUUUAGAAAAUUUACAACAUUAA